AUGGAGUUUGUAGUGGGUGCUUCAGAAGCCACCAUGAGAUCUCUCCUAGGCAAGUUGGGUGGUCUCCUUGCCCAAGAGUACACUCUGAUCCGUGGUGUCCGCGGCGACAUCCAGUACAUCAGCGACGAGCUCGCCAGCAUGCAGGCCUUCCUUGGCGACCUCGGCUCUGCCCUGGAUGACCACGAUCGCCGGCUCAAGAACUGGAUGAAGCAGAUUCGUGACAUGGCAUACGACAUGGAAGACUGUGUCGAUGACUUUGCUCAUCGCCUCCCUCAGGACUCUCUCAGCGAUGCAAGAUGCUCCUUCAUCGUGACGAUAGUCUACGAGAUGUGGACGUUCUGGCCUCGCCGCGACAUUGCCUCCAAGAUUGCUGAGCUCAAGGUCCGGGCACAGUACAUUGCUGAACGACGCAGCGGAUAUGGAGUGAACAACCCAAGCCCAAGAACAAGCUCUGGAGCCGGAGCAACCCAUGCUGUUAUGUAUGGCAUUGCUGAGCAUUUGGUGGCAAGCCGUCAGCUCAUCCGCACAGAGAACCCCGUGGGAGUGAAGGUGGACAUGGAGAAGCUCCGGAGUUGGCUAACCAAACAUGAUAAAGGCUCUCAUCGAGCUGUUGUGUCCUUGAUUGGAUUCGGUGGUGUAGGAAAGACCACCAUUGCCAUGGCAUUGUACAGAGAUUUCAGGAAUGAAUUUGAUUGUCGGGCAUCAGUCACAGUGUCUCAGAACUUCGAUGAAGAUGAAGUCCUAAGGGAUGUUCUUGGGCAAAUCAAGCCAGCAGACAGUCAAAUCAAGACAAAGGAGGAGGUGCAGGAGGGCAGCAACACAGGGAAGGUGGAGAAGAAAAGUCUAGCGACAAACAUUAAAAGUUCAGUUAAGCGAGUUGUGCCACUGCUCUCUGGUCACAGGCCGCAAAGCAAUGAUGGCAGCAUGCAGAGUAAGAUAGAAACAAUGAAUCGCGACCAACUUAUUGAAGAACUCAAAACGCGCCUGCUUGGAAGGAGGUAUCUCCUCUUGAUUGAUGAUAUAUGGUCUGUUCAAACAUGGGAGACCAUUAGAAAUUGGUUGCCACAUGAUAAUAAUAAGGAUAGUAGAGUAAUAGUAACUACAAGAUUUCAAGCUGUUGGUGCGGCUUGCUCAGAAAGAGAUGGAACUGAUUAUCUGCAUACAGUUAAUGCCCUAAGUGAUGCCGCCUCCAAAAGUCUAUUUCAUCAGGGUGUUCUUGAAUCCCCAAUCAGCCAAGAAAGCGAAAGAAUGGAUACUGUUGGUGCUGAGUCCUCUGAAGGAGAUGGAACUGAUCAUCUGCAUUCAGCUGAUGUCCCAAGUGAUGCCAAUGCCAAAGGUCCGUUUGAUGACCGUGUUUCUGAUCCACAGAGAAGCAAAGAAAGGGGGAAAGAAGAGGUCCAUGAGGAGAUAUGGAAAUAUUGCGGGGGGCUGCCUUUGGCCAUAGUCACCAUGGCUGGCCUUGUGGCCUGCAACCCAACAAAGGAUAAUGACCAUUGGAAUAAAGUUUGCAAGUCAUUGUUUCCAGAGCAAGUAAGCCCCCUUACAUUGGAGGGGGUGAUAAGGAUACUUGAUUAUUGCUACAAUGAUUUGCCAGCAGAUCUCAAGACCUGCUCAUUGUACUUGAGCAUAUUCCCCAAGGGCUCGAAAAUUAGUAAGAAGCGUCUGACCCGGCGGUGGAUAUCAGAAUGUUUUGUUGCUGAGAAGCAAGGGCUGAGUGCAGAGGAAGUGGCAGAAACAUACUUCAAUCAACUUGUAAGCAGGAAGAUAAUACGGCCCGUGGAUCACAGCAGCAAUGGGAAGGUCAAAUCCUUUAAAGUUCAUGACAUGAUCCUGGAAUAUAUCGUGUCCAAGUCAAGCGAAGAGAAUUUUAACUACGCCAUGUUUCGUGUUUGGAAACAGCCAAUUUUUGUGUUUGGAGAUUGGCAACAAAGUCAUUUAUUUUAUCAUAGGAAUUCUCGAAUGCAUAUAAGUUCAAUACUACCAGUGACAGUUUUUGACAUUUUGGCUGUAUACAUCCAAAAUGUAAGGUUUCAGAGAGCUCAGGAGAGUAGAUCCUACACAUAG